GUUCUGCCGCCGACGCGUUUUCGCUCUCUUUGUGUGAAACACUUGCAGACGCUCCCUAAUUUACCUGAAAACCGUUGGAGGGCGUUCAUCAGCUUUACGUUUUGCGCUAAACUGCGCAAAACACUAUAUCACGUAACGAUGUUUUAACCUACAAAAAAAUGAAUGAGCAAGCAAUCCCCGCGUAAAAGAGUAACUUCAACACAUUGAAUGUGCGAAAAAGUCGCGAAAAAUACGUAUCAUGUGGAAAUAUCCUCGCUGUCAGAGCACAAACACACCCACAGCUACUUCAGGAACCUGAUGUGAUGGUUAGUCAGCCGUGUAACUUCCUCGUUGGAGUCAGUAGCAACUGCCUGUGAGACGUUGACAUGCCGCUCAAAGACUGUCUUGAAUCCGGACUGGACUUCAUUGAAUUUCUGGGAGACAGAAAAUCAAACACCAGCAAGAAGGAACUUCGUGACAUCUAUUACUCUGAAUUUAAGGGCAGAAAAGGAAUAAAAGACCCGAGCUUUUCCAGUGUUCUUUACGCCCUUGUGAAAUUCAACAAAGCCCAAAUAAGACAAGGGGAAAUCUUCAUAAAUGCCAAACCCCAGGUUCGAGUGUACUGUGACCAGUGGAGAAGGCCCCGGGCCUCCCAGCUGCCACACAGUCCCAGCUCAGGCCCUCAGAAGAGAGCUCAGACACUUGCACCCUCCUCUGUCCCCUCAGUCCCUGUGCUGACCCCCAAGAAAAAGCUGGCUACGGAAAUCCUUCUCAAGUUAAAGGUGAACAGGAAAGAGUUGACAGCUGACAAGGGGGGCAUUGAGAUCACUUCAGACCCCGUGGCGAGUGGUGGUAAGGUUCAAUUCACUGUGGAUCAUCUGAAGGAGCUGUUUAUCCUCAAAUUCCACAUCAUGAACAAGGGCACAAACUGCAUCCACUUCACCUACUACACUGCCCUGCACAAGAUACGCUGCUUCACCCUGGAGGAUGAGAGGAGAGUGACCAGAGCCUGUCCUCUCUUCCUCUGUCCCGGAGAAAGUUAUGAAGUUAUAGUUCGCUACAUGCUGAACCACUAUGGAUAUUUCCCUGCCACAAUGUACUUCGAGUUCUGCCCAGAUCUGCCGGGAUCUGUACCCUUUUGCAUUGUGAGGGAGAUGGAAGCAGCGGCCAGGACCCCGCUGGCUGUGGAGCUGGGGCCUGUGGCUCCUUACAAACCAUUUCAGGUGGUCACAUACAAGUCCGUCGACACUGUGAUAGUGGAGGGAGUACCUCCUGACAGUUCCAUUGUCCAGCAUCUAAAGAUGACAGUGAAAUUAGGAGACUACAUGUACCCUCAUUACCUAAAAGAAUUGGCUAAACAAAGGAUGGAGGACUCUGAGUACCUCUCCCCAGCUCUCAGGCAGAAACUCGCAUCAGUCAAGGGUCUCCUCAACUCUCCCUUAAAGAUGAAGAACUACUCUCAGCGAUUUCACCUCCUGCUACACCUGGAAGAGUUACAGAUGGAGGUGGACAUCAGGAAGUAUGACCUCCGCAAACAAAUCAUGACUCAGGACCAAAGAAACAAAAAACUGCUCAAGCUCACAGUUCCUGGUGUUGCUGAGAAUCGGCCAUCUGUACUACGAGGCGAUUGUCUGAGGGUGUCCAAAUCUGAAGACACGAGCCAGCCGAUCACUGUGUACACCGGUUAUGUUCACAGAGUAGAGCUGGAUAGUGUGAAGCUGGGCUUCUCAAAGAAGUUUUUGGAGAAGUUUCUCAGCAAUAUGAAGUUUGACGUGGAGUUUACUAUUAACCGGUUCCCCUUGAAGCUGCAGCAUCGGGCGGUGGAGUUGGCGCCAAAACAUCAGCUCGAAGAGGUGCUGUUCCCAUCUGCUGCAGCAGUGGAUAAUCUCGCAAUGCCUAAACUCAGGAUGUUCAACCGCCAGCUGGAAAACAACCCGCAGCAACAUGCUGCGGUGCAGCGCAUUGUAGCCGGAUCAUCAAAGCCUGCUCCCCAUCUUGUGUUUGGGCCUCCUGGAACUGGAAAAACCAUCACUUUAGUUGAAGCUAUGAAUCAGGUCAGCAGGGCAGACCCAUCAGCCCACAUCCUCGCAUGUGCACCUUCAAACAGUGCAUGUGACCUUCUCUGCGAGAGACUGAUGGUACACAUGGAUCCACAUCAGGUUUACCGUGUGUACGCUAACAGCCGAGACCCAAGAACUGUCCCCAAGCACCUACUGAAAUAUUGUAACUGGGACGAGAGACAAGAUGGUUUUGUGUGUCCAAAAAAAGGAAUUCUGAUGGAAUACAAAAUCAUUGUUACAACUAUGGUCACAGCUGGCAGACUGGUGUCUGGAGGAAUCCCAGUCGGCCAUUUUACCCAUGUCUUUUUGGAUGAAGCAGGCCAGGCAGUGGAGCCAGAGUGCGUCAUUGCUAUUGCAGGUCUGCUCAGUGCAAAAACGGGUCAGUUGGUGCUGGCAGGAGAUCCCAAGCAGCUAGGACCGAUCCUUCGAUCGCCUCUUGCACAGCAGCAUGGACUUGGGCUUUCUCUGCUUGAGAGACUGAUGAGGCAUAACCCUUUAUAUGAGAAAAGUACAGACUCCGGACACUUUGACACCCGCUUUGUCACCAAACUGUUGCGAAACUACAGGUCUCAUGAUGCCAUCCUGAAAAUACCAAAUGAGCUGUUCUAUGAGAAUGAACUGCAAGUGUUUGCUGACCAGUGGGAUCGUGAGGCCUACUGCAAUUGGGAAUACCUUCCAAAAAAGGGUUUCCCAGUGAUCUUCCACGGGGUGAUGGGGAAAGAUGAGAGAGAGGCCAACAGUCCUUCUUUCUUUAAUGUGUCUGAGAUUGAAGUUCUGGUCGACUACCUCACCAAGCUGAUGGAAACUCAGGGAAAGAAGGGUCUCCCCAAACUCUCCGCAAAAGACAUUGGCAUAAUCGCCCCCUACAGGAAACAAGUCGAGAAAAUCCAAAAGGCCCUGAAGUCCGUGUCCACUCUGAGUCGAUGGAAUGAUCUCACAGAGCUCAAGGUGGGUUCUGUGGAGGAGUUUCAGGGACAAGAAAGGAAGAUCAUCAUGGUCUCUACUGUUCGCAGCAGCGUCAACUAUGUCAAGAUGGACAAAGACUUCAACAUUGGAUUUCUGUCAAAUGAAAAGAGAUUCAACGUGGCCAUAACCAGGGCCAGGUCCCUGUUGAUAGUCGUGGGAAAUCCUGUGAUCCUCAACAAGGACCCCGCCUGGGAGAAGUUCAUCAGCUACUGUGUUAAGGAAAAAGGUUACACUGGAUUUGACUUUAAAGACGCAGAAGGAGAAGAUGAUAUUGUGUCAAGACUGGCAACCCUGAAAAUCAACAUGGAUUCUGACAAUCCUGUAGCAGAGGAGAGUGCCCUCCAGCAGUAUGUGGACCCCGAAUGGAAAAACGAGCAUUAACGUCUCCGCCAUUUGCAGUGACAUCCUCAAAAGAUAAUUAGAUUUAAGUACAUAAAGAGGCAUGGCAAGUAUCAGUCAACAUUGGCAUCUAUUACAGUAAAACUUAAAUUAAGUCAAACCCUAAUUAAGAGACAUUUACUGGACAGGUACGGCUAAAUGUUUUGACGAAUAAACGAAGGUCUCAGUUAGAUGCUGGGUCUGUUUUUUAUAAACAAUCAAAUAAAUAAUUUUAUAGUAUUUCCCAUUUCUGCUGUGCAAAAAAUGUGUGCAAAAGGAAUUAAAGGUGUGUCACAACCUGUCCCAGAUAUAGGCAGAUUGAGUUCAGUGACUGAAGAAAAUAAAAGCCCAGGAUUUUAAUUUAAGUUUUUUGGUAUUUAAGAAUAUAUCCUGUUUGAUGACAAUGCCACAAUGAACUAGCGAAUGUUUUCUUCUCUUCUUUUCAAUUUGUCGGUGACUUUUUAAAUAAAGCUUCCAUUAGUCGAACGGCAAUUAGGAUGAACAUUGCUGCACAUAAGCAAUUAAUUUUCUCAGUGGGAAACUAAGGAGCAGACUAUUCUGUUUCUCAGGAAUUCAUCACCGUUUGUCUUACUGCUGUUUGCACUUUACAAGUCUCCUUUAAACUCAACUAUUCCUUUCUGAAUUUAAAUACUGAAGAAAUAAACUCUUUAUGGUUUGAUACAUAUUGCA